CCUGUAAGGAGUGACAAAUUUCGGCCCAGGUUGACUGAGUCCGCUUCCGCAGUUUCUUCGAAAAAGCACACUUCCUUUCUUUUUCCUUUUAAUUGUCUAUUCCAACAAUUUCAGAAUUGAUCCAGAUAGAUUUUUGCCGAUCCUUCUCGAGAAUGGUGUUCAACUGGCACUCUCCGUCCAGCACUGAUUCAGACACCGAGAGUGUAGCGAAUACAGGUUCUUGUCCAUUCUUCCCAGGAACGGUGCUCUUCGCGCCUUUCUCUCAGGCCAGAACUGAUUCAGACACCAGGAGUGGAGGGAUGGGAGAGAAGGCAGAAAAGCGGAAACGGAAAUUGGGCCUAAAUUCUGACCAACUUGGAAGGGAAGCUAUGACAGGACCGCCGGCGUCUCAAAAAGCUCUUGCUAAGAACCCAAAGGUAAAGCGAGAUGCGUUGGUGGAAGCAAGAACAAGAAGGCGGCGGCAAGUGGCAGUGGCAAGGAUGAACCUCCAGCCACGGCGAAAGUCGGGGAGGUGAUAACGCCCUACCUGAAAAUGUACACGCUGGCGGAGCUGAAGAGCACGACCCGGAACUUCAGGCCGGACACGAUG